CUCGCUUUGGGAUGGGAGGGGAGCAGAAGCCUCGCAGCUCUCUGUCUCCGGUAACGGAGGCGGCAGCAGACGGGCAGCGCCGGCAGCCCAGCAGUCCGCGUUAAGGAAGGCGACAAUGGACACGUAGAGGAACUUUCAUUUGCUCUCGACCUAUUUUCGACCAACUCUGGACAAUAUCUAUAUUUUUAAUAAAAUAUGCCAUAAUGCACGCUUUGUAAAUCCUAAACAGCAGAUGGCGGUGAGCUGAACAUCACACCGCAGCCCGAGCCAGCCAGUGUGUUGGGACUGUCUUUUUAAUACUUUAGUGUUUUAAAAAACUAUCUUAAACUUAUUUAUGCGCCGGUGGAUGUUUUUUUUCCGUCUAAAUAUUUGACCUCAAUAAGAGCUCAGCUUCAAUAGAGCCUUCAUUUAUUUUUGCCUUGACUUGGGAAGACCGACGGGAAUCAAAACAAUCUCCUCACAAGGAUGCUACUUCAGCACCGAGUCUGCUAGACGAUCCCGACAGCCAACAUGUUCAGGCGAGGUUAUGGUGGGGUGGAGUUACUGUUGGUGCUGUGGGGCCUGGAUCUCUCCAUGCCCUGCCCUCACCACUGCAUCUGCUACACUUUACCAAGCACUGUUUCCUGCCAGGCUCACAACUUCCAUGCCGUGCCGGAGGGCAUCCCCGCUCAGAGUGAGCGGGUUUUCCUGCAAAACAACAAGAUCCAGAGGUUACUCCGCGGCCACUUCUCCCCCACCACCACCAUGCUCUGGCUUUACUCCAACAACAUCUCCUAUAUUCAACCAUCCACAUUCCACGGAUUUGAUCGCUUAGAAGAGCUUGACCUGGGGGACAACCGGCACCUAAAGGCCAUUGCCUCAGACACCUUCCUUGGUUUGGGUCGUCUGCACGCCCUGCAUCUGUACCGCUGUGGUCUAAUCAGUCUGCCUCCAGGCAUCUUUUCAGGCCUACAGAACCUCCAAUACCUCUACUUACAGGACAACCAGUUGGAGUUCUUGGACGAUGAUCUUUUCAUUGACCUGCUGAACCUCAGUCACCUCUUCCUGCAUGGGAAUCGUCUGUGGAGUCUCCGUCAGAACACUUUUCGAGGUCUGGGUGCCUUAGACCGACUCCUUCUGCACCAAAACGAGAUCCAGUGGGUUGACAGUCAAGCCUUCCACGACCUACGGCGCCUCACUACCCUCUACCUGUUUAACAACAAUCUCACAGAGCUGUCUGGUGCCACUUUGACUCUUCUGCCAGCACUGGAGUACCUGCGGCUCAACGACAACCCUUGGGAAUGUGACUGCAAGGCUAUGUCGCUUUGGGAUUGGCUACGCAGAUUUAGAGGCUCCACAUCCUCUCUGGUUUGCGUUUCACCACCAGAGUUAGUGGGAAAGGACCUAAAACUGCUAAAAAAAGAGGAGCUGCCCAGUUGUUUGUCAAGAGAGAGUCACACACAAGGCUCCCCGGGAAAGGAAUUGGAACACGGAGAGUCUUUGAACCACCUCAAUCGCCACCGGAAUCACCACAACCACCACCAGCGGCCGUACAUGCCCCACGGGGACCAGCACAGCCUCCCUUCACCUUCCCCACUGCCACGGCCGCCAAAGGGAAGUCGCAAAAACUGCACCCGCCGGGGUCGCAAGGCAAAAGGGGGGCUCAAUGAGGUACAGCUACUUAGGGAGGAGGGUGAGAAAGAUUACUCUCCAGAUGGGGGUAAAUACGAUGGGUCUUCAGGUUCGAGGAGGAGGAACAAGUGCAUCCCAAGAACUUCUGUUGGCCCGCCAAGUGGCGUCCAGAGGGCUUCUAAUAAAGCAGAGCAGCACCUUGCAGACUUUACUACGUGUCUGUCAUCAGCCCUGCUGCUCUCAAUCUAUUUUGUGAUCUUGCGCUGAGGCAGGAGAUGAACACUUUUGUGUUUGUGAUGCAACCUUAGGAUCGAUUUUCCUGAAACACCCUUUUCCUGGCUCCGUGAGGAGUACGACUGACAGAGUACACGAGUACGUUAUCGAUUAUCUCUGCGGUGAUCCCGGUGGCUCCUAAUCAAAACACAAAAGCCUGGAGGGGAGAAAUAAAAAAUUCUCCCAAUUGUCACAAUGAUGUCAGUAUGGGAAACAUCAGGAAAUCGGUUGUCUCUAUGCUACCAACUGCUGAAUUUAUGUACUCAUAAAAACUGUACAGCCAUAUAAAAUAACGAGCCAAUAAGUGAUUCAAAUAGCAGUGAAAGCACACGGUUAACCCUUUUGACUCCACAGAGCGCGCUCAGCACAACCCCCAUCCGUCAUUCACUCUAAGACAAAGACAGUCAUUUAUGGCUGCCUGCCUCUCCGCUCACUUCACGGUACCCCAAGAUCAAGAAAGAAAGAAGUACUGCAGACAGACUGAAGAGUCCUCGGGAGGAAUCGAGCUGUAAUAGCUAUAAUCACUAUCAAUCUCCAGAUAAAGUGGCUUUACGCUGACAUUUCACAGCAGUUUUAAUGCACGCCUGUAUUCUUGGUGACUAAGAUAUACAACUGAAAUGCUUACAAACAACAUAGCUGUCAGGUUUUGUUUUUUGUUUUUUUCAGUCUGUCCUGGCAGUUAUCUAAACUUAGAAUCCAUUCAGAUCUAACAAAUCAGUCAACUGGUUUCAUGGAGGAUUUGAGAGCAAGUUAAAAUGUGUGAAUCUAAAGUGCAAUCCUGAAGCCAUGUGGGGUAAAAAAAAAGAUAUCAAGAGUGCCUGAUAGGCGACAGUCUCUAAAUACAGACUCUAAGACUAAUGUUUUAUUUCUAGGACUUAGCCACAAACUUUACAUUUCUUGAACUUAAAUAAAGAAUAUUCCCAAAGGUCGGUAGUUCUGAUGAGAAAAAUUGGGAGACUGGGUUUCCUGAAUCAUACAUUAUUUUAUUUAGACGUGUGCUCCAAGACGGAUGGACUGAGAGAUCUUCAAGCCCUGAUUGGAGAGAGGCUUUCUUUUGCUGCUAGGUCUGAGGAGACAAAGAUCCCACCAGCUGUUCAGAAGCCUGGGAGACUUCAGGAAUCAACGAGGACAGCGAGGACUGUGGGACUUGCUGGAAGCUGCUCUCACACACACACACACACACACACACCCUUACAGAGCCUGAACGCUCACCUUCACAGCCCACUGCAGACACUAACCCCCAUUAGUCCAGGGAUUUCUGAUCACAGAGCAGAGUGCAGCUCAUGCUUCCUCUGCUUUGACUUUUACACCUCAUAUUUUUUUUACACCCAAAGUCCAAAGUGCUCAAUUACAAAAGGUGAAGCUUUUUCAAGAUACUCAUGGGUUCCCACAGUCCUUCAGCCAAUAAACUGAUUUUUUGUUUUGUUUUUACAGCACAAAGAAUUAUCUUUGAAUAAGCUAUCCUAACAUGCAAACACCCAUGACAGGCAAAAAAAAAAAGAAAACAAUCAAAAGUGUGGGAUACGGUCACCUAAGAAUUCUGGGCUUGGAUGGAAAUUCAGGAGCCACAUUUGUAUCCCGCUUGUGUAUUUCUCCUGCCGGGCUCUGCCAUCUUGUGUCUAUUUAACUAGAUGUUGGGAACGUUCAGAAGCCUGUCACUGGUGUCAGUGUCCUAACAUGUAGGAUUAGAGAUCCCUAACAGUGAAUUUGUUUGUGCUGCUGUGCAAAAAGAGGUGAUGUAAAUUGUGUCUGUUUAUUCUUUGGAAAAUGCGUUUUCUUAAAAAAAAAAAAAAAAGAGACCAAAAAAGUCUCUAUUGUGUUUCAGUAAUUUCCCAUUGACAGGAAGUGGGAGACUGGAACUUUUCAUUUUUCUAAUUUUUUUGUUUUUGUUUUGCUGACUCAUUGAUGAGAACCAGCUCAACACACUGUCCUCCCUGCUCUUCCUCCUGUUGUUUCCAACCUUCUUUUCCUCCCAGUCCUCCCCUCCUCGUCUGUGUUCUAAUUCUCCCCCUUUCUCGCCCCCACGUGCUGCUUCCCCUCCUCUUCCAGCUCUCACACAGACACACAUCUUUCCCUCUUUUCCCAUCCUUUGUGCCGCUGAAAUGUUUUCUGUGUGGUUAUCAAACAAUGCCAGACUGAAAAAGCAUUUAUAAAUAACAUUAAACAGAAAGGGUACUCAAA